AUGUCAGCUAUUGUUGAACCAAUCUCACCAAACAAGGCCUUGACCAUGAACACAAUGAUGGAUGAAAAUGUUGAACAAAAAAAGAUGAAAAUGCAGGAUGAUGAAAGUUUGAGGGAGGAGCAACUUCUUGAGAGUGAUCAUGGCUCUUCAGAAGGAGAGAAUGAAUUAGAACCAAAAGUACAAGAACCAAAAUUAUACAUAAUUUGUCCUGGAAGACCAGAUUUAGAGCUAUCUGAGCCCUUCUUUUCCACACCUAAAGAAUGCCUUUUCACUCUCAAGGAAGCAAGUAGAUACAAACUCAAAUUUUCAUUUAUUGUCUCCAACAAUGUUGUCUAUGGUUUCAAAUACAUCAACACUACCUGGAAAGCUGGUGUAAGAGUUGAUAAGUCUCAAGUGAUGCUUGGAAGUUUUGAACCUCGAAAAGAGCCAUAUGUAUAUGAAUUAGAAGAAGAUGUAACACCUUCUGGUGUCUUUGCAAGGGGUUUAUAUACUACAAGAACACAGGUUAUAGAUGAAAAAGAAAGAUGCUAUGUGGAUAUCAAGUACUACUUUGACAUUCAAAGGCAAUGGCCUGAAAGCUCCUAA